UUGAGGACGUAGUUUGCCAGGUCCAUGUCCAUCUUCUCCAUCACCAGCGAGUACCGCUGCUUCUCUUCAUCGAAAGAAUGACCGGCGAUGUGCAACACGUUGGGAUGCUUGUCCGCUUCGAGAACCGCGAGCUCUUUGGCGAAGCUCUUGUCACCUUGAGGGAAGACUUUCACUGCAAACUUGUGACCGAGCCAGAUUGCUUCGUACACGGUUCCGAAACCGCCUUGUCCCAGGAGCAUGGAGCAAAGUAUCUCUUUGGCUUGCUCGCUCUCGGUCGUCAGGCUUCCCGGCUCUUGGCUCAUUGCGAGAGCCAUGAGCGCCUUCCUGUCAUUCCUUCCGGCUUCUUCCAGCAUGCUGUUCGAGUUUUGCCUCAUGAGGCACGAGUUGUAAGCUUCGGCAAUCUUGGAUCUUACCGAGGUGGACGGUAUAAAUGCUCUGGAACUCAUCGCAGCUUUCCUUGA